GCGGUGUGAGUGAGCCCGGACCCAGGCCCCCCUCUCGCCGCCGCCAUGGGCUGCACGUUGAGCGCCGAGGACAAGGCGGCGGUGGAGCGGAGCAAGAUGAUCGACCGCAACUUGCGGGUGGAUGGGGAGAAGGCGGCCAAAGAAGUGAAGCUGCUGCUGCUCGGUGCUGGAGAAUCUGGUAAAAGCACGAUCGUGAAGCAGAUGAAGAUCAUUCACGAGGAUGGCUACUCAGAGGAGGAAUGUAAGCAGUACAAAGUCGUCGUCUACAGCAACACCAUACAGUCCAUCAUUGCAAUUAUCAGAGCCAUGGGACGGCUGAAGAUUGACUUUGGGGAAGCUGCCAGAGCAGAUGAUGCCCGGCAGUUAUUUGUCUUAGCUGGCAGUGCUGAAGAAGGAGUCAUGACUCCCGAACUAGCAGGCGUAAUUAAGCGGUUAUGGCAUGAUGGAGGGGUGCAAGCCUGCUUCAGCAGAUCCAGAGAAUACCAGCUGAAUGAUUCUUCGUCAUAUUACCUAAAUGACUUGGAUCGAAUAUCUCAAGCCAACUAUAUUCCAACUCAACAAGAUGUCCUUCGGACAAGAGUGAAGACAACAGGCAUCGUGGAAACGCAUUUCACCUUCAAGGACUUAUACUUCAAGAUGUUUGACGUAGGUGGCCAAAGAUCAGAACGGAAGAAGUGGAUUCACUGUUUUGAGGGAGUGACGGCAAUUAUCUUCUGUGUGGCGCUCAGUGAUUACGACCUUGUUCUGGCUGAGGAUGAGGAGAUGAACCGAAUGCACGAAAGCAUGAAGCUGUUCGACAGUAUUUGUAACAACAAAUGGUUUACAGACACUUCAAUCAUUCUCUUUCUCAACAAGAAAGACCUUUUUGAGGAAAAAAUAAGGAAGAGUCCAUUAACAAUUUGUUAUCCAGAAUACACAGGUUCCAACACGUACGAAGAGGCGGCUGCUUACAUCCAGUGCCAGUUUGAGGACCUGAACCGAAGAAAAGACACCAAGGAGAUCUACACCCACUUCACCUGUGCCACGGACACCAAGAACGUGCAGUUUGUCUUUGAUGCUGUUACAGACGUCAUCAUUAAGAACAACCUGAAGGAAUGCGGGCUCUACUGAGGAGGGGGCUGUGCCGUCAAGUCGUUGCCGCGUGGCGUGGUAAGGCCAGACUUCUUUUGCUGUCUCAUGGACAGCUGCAAGUGUGGACGGGACCAGGGAACGGCAGCAGCAUGCGGAAUCCUUGCAUUCUUUAGCACAACCUUCUGUAUUAGGGAACAUUAAUUGACAUGAUGAUAAAGUGACAUUGGAAUUGGAACCGCUGUAAAGUAUGAUGUGAUCAUCAAGCCAACACUUGGAUUUCAUAAUCUCUAACGUUUAGGGCAGAUGUGCAGUUGAGGUGCUGCAUUCCAGAACUUCAGUAUGUACUUACUCUAUUCCCCCCUCCUCAACAAACCACCAGUAGUUCAUUUUUAAAGGUUUUUGUUUCCCAUCAAGAAAAGAAUAACUUUACUAAAUUUUUUCUUGGUUUGCAAAAGAAUCUUUAUUAAAACACAAUGUUAACUAUGCACAUGAUGUGACCAGCUUGUCUAUAAGAUACUCCUCUUAGUAGGACCUCUUUGUUUUUAACUCUUGGUAUGGUCAGAAUACAGUACUUCUCCUAUUGCUUAAAAUUCUUCCCAGUUCCUGGGCAAUAACUAACAGUUUUUUGGGGGGAUGAAAUUUAUGUUACUAUCCUGCUGAAAGUACUAUUGUGGAAAUUACACUGAGAGUUUUGCAGUAAGAUGCUAACUCUAGCUUUAUUAUUAUUUUUAAACAUUGUGGUUGAAGAUUAACCUGGUGUAUGCUGAUUACCAAAUUACUAGAUAAAUACCAAUGUGGUAUGAUAAAGCCAGCUUCUCGGGUAGGGACACACCCAGAGUGGCUGCCAAUUAGAAAUGCAAAUUACUAAAUUCCAGUGCUGUGACUUUGCCGCUACAGAGCUACUAAAUGGACCACUUUGGCUCUGUGUCUGUCUGUCAUAGGGGGUUUUGUAAAAGAUGCCCGUUUCCAUCUUCCUUGGCUGUUUCUAUUGAGAGACGUCUGAAGUGUUUUCAUGGUGCAUGCUUUUACCUUGUAAAUGUGCCAAAUCCCUGUUUGCAACUGUUUUUAUUGUAGCAUUGUUAACUGUAGUAAUUCUUAGUCAGCACUCCUCUCCUCCUUGGCCGAAACUGUUGCAGUUUGGUACUUUUCCACGUUGUCAUGUUGUACCCAUUUUAAUCUGUUGGCGUUGGCAGCAGCAGCAGUAAAGUGGUGAGUGAAGAGUCCGGGUUUGCUCCUGUCUAUAACUAGUCCUGGGGGUGCAUUUUCUCCCUUUUUGCCCCUGCCGAGUGUGCUUUGGCCUUCUGUCUGAGCAUGGACGUAGGUGGUCAGGCCCUUGGUGUCCUAGUGUUGUUGAAUCUUGGCUGAAGGCUGGGCGGGGUGGUGGUGGUCUGUCAUAUAUGUGUAAGUGCUAUGUAGUCAGACUCAAUUUUCCAGAUUCCCAUUUUGCUGUGUGGGGAGCUGUGUGCACUUCAGCCUUCAGGUCCUUUGUACGAUGUGCACUGAAUGUCAACAAACGCUGAGGGACGAGAAGCGGAAGAGCAUGGGUUUUGAGUAUUUCACAUCAGUCGUUGAGCAGUGCCUUUUGGGGUCCAGUCUUUGGGCUGGACUCACUUUCAUCUUUCAGUGUGAGUUAACGACAAGAGCAGCCACAGAAAGCGUCAACAUUUGAUGGGCACCAACGCUGCUUCAGAAAGCUGCCACAGUAGUUCUGUGCCUUUAUUGGUCAUUUUCUUACUCUUUUUUUUUUCCUCCCUAAGUACAGCUAUGCAGAUGGUAUUAUCUUAACAAUUUCUUUCCAAGAGUGGGAAAACUUGAUCUGAAGAAGGAAAACCAUACACUUCACAUGGUGACUAGCUUCAUUCCCACAAUGUAAAUCGGGUUGUCAUUCUUAUUUGUUCCUUUCGACGAUUUCUUUUCCUUGUUGUAUUCUGUAAUACGGGGUCAUCUGGAAAUGAGAAUCGGUGGACUGUUGUUUUCCACUGUGGUCUUUCUGUACUCCGGGCUAAUGGAAUGGUGAUGUCAAUAAUCUAAAAUAGCAGAAUGCACAAGAAUUCAUUUUACUGUGGAAUAUACUUUGUAUCUUGAUUUGAGUAUGUGUAACCGAUCUGUUCAUUGUUCCAACCCUUCGUUAAUGAAAAAUAAGAGUUCUUUCUACAAAAUCCACAUUUGCUCUAUGUUUUCAAGGACCAUCCCACCCCCACCCCCAUCACCAGUAACUUACCUGAAUGCACAUUCCUUGGGAGUAUGGGGGACAGUUUAAUAAAGUUAAAAAGUCUUUUCGUUGAACCCAGAAUGUGGGAUAAAAUGUCAAAUUA